UCCGGCGAGGGUUUUCUGGACGCCGCCGCCGACACGGAACACGUGGAGAAGAGAUGCGAUGCCGAUGUCGGAGCGGAAGACAACAUCGACGACGGAUAAAUGCGAACCUUUUCACAUGGUUCACAAGGUUCCUGCUGGCGAUUCCCCGUAUGUCAGAGCCAAACAUGUUCAGUUGAUCUCCAAAGACCCAGGCCGAGCUAUAUCCUUGUUUUGGGCAGCCAUAAACGCUGGAGAUCGGGUAGAUAGCGCGUUGAAAGACAUGGCAGUUGUUAUGAAACAGCUAAACCGAUCUGACGAGGGGAUCGAAGCCAUCAAAUCUUUCCGGUGUCUCUGCCCCGAUGAAUCCCAGGAUUCCAUCGACAACUUGCUCCUCGAACUGUACAAGAAGUCGGGUAGGAUCGAAGAGGAAGCUGAGCUACUCGAAACCAAACUGAGAAACCUAGAAGAUGGCAUGACAUUUGGUGGAACGAUCACAAAAACGAAAAGGAGCCAAGGAAAGCAGGUUACCGUGACUAUCGAGCAAGAGAGGGCGAGGUUACUAGGGAACCUGGCUUGGGUUCACUUGCAGCUACAUAACUAUGGAAUUGCAGAGCAUCAUUACAGGAGAGCUUUGUCUUUAGAACCAGACAAGAACAAGAUGUGCAACCUUGCGAUAUGCUUGAUGCGAAUGGACAGACUCCCUGAAGCUAGAUCUAUGCUUCAGGAAGUAAGAGACUGUCUAGGAAGUCAAUGGAGAGACGAGCCAUUCUCCAAAUCCUUUGAACGAGCUAUCGAGAUGUUGGAAGAAACAGAAUCUAGAAAUGAAAACGAUGAUGCAAGAGCAGAUAUUGCAGAAGACAACGCUCUGGAUGGCUGCUCUCAAAGUUCUUGUUCUGAUGCAUUCAAGAACUCAAAUGUUUCCCCUUCAGGACUGUUUACACAACCCCGAGGAUGCUACGAAGAAGGGGACCGAAGAAAAAGGACGUGCAGAGAGAUGGGAGGUUCGGUUCGAAGACUAUUACUUGAGAAUCCUCUGUGUACUGAACAACAGAACCUCGAGAGAGAAGAGCCGGUAGCUUCGAGCAAAGAAGAAACAUUGGGCGGAAAGAGAUUGGACCACAGCUUGAUUCAUGGUCUCCAUGAAUUCAUCACAGAAACCGAAGAUCACGGGAUGAUGGGUGAGGCUAAGAAGAGCUGGGCCGAUAUCGUUGAAGAAGAAGAAGAAGAAAUAGAAUGGCAAUGCAGAGCUUAGAACUGAAACCUAAACCAGCAGGGGAAGAUUCAGGAUCUGAGUUGUCCUAAGGUUUCGGAUCACGACAGCAGUUAUAGGAUGUGUAAUUUGA